CAAAGUCUUGGACAACUCGGUGUCCUAAAAUCAAAGUCUAACUUUAUUAGUACUAGUAUUAUCUUAGCAGUUUCUAUUUUGAGAGAGAGAAAAAAUUUCAGCACAAUAAUCUCACCCAAUCCUAUAUGUUACUUUGCUUAACAGAAAAGACAGCCUGGAAGCAAAGGGAACGUUAUGGGCUGGGACGGUCCAGACAGGUGUUGAAGGCUGGAUUUAUGAUGACCAUGAUGAACUUUCUUGCUCCACCUUCUUGUUUUUCAUCAGCUUCAUUCCUUUGAUGACUUUUUGCUUUCGGAUUGGUCUCCAUGCAGUUAGCAUACUGUCCAUCUUUUAUCCUGUCAGCAUAUUCCUUUGUCUAACAGACCCAUUAUAAGCACACCUCUUAAUUUGGCCUUUUUCUGGUGUCUUACUUUGGGCAUUGUCCAUUGGUCUCCCUUAUCACCUGUCAUUAAUAUAUCCAAUUCUUUCAUCCCUCUGAUUCAGCUAGUUAGUGCCAAGUUCAGUUAACUGGAGCUGGUAGCAAGGCCACUGCUAUGUUAUGUUAAAAGAACUUAUCGUGGUGAUAAAAAAGAAAAGAUAUUAUAUAAUAAGCACCUACGAGUUCUAUAAAAACAACUCAAAGCCAGCUAAUAAUAAAAAACAAAAAGUUAAUAAGGACAAAACUUAAACAAUGAUUAAAUAAGGCUAAAUAUAAACAAUGCUAUAAGCAGGUACAACUUCAAAGCAUUAAACACAACAAGCUACCAUAGCACCACCACCCCUGUUGUUUGGGCAGUACCUGAGAUGCACAACAUCCAGGGAUCUCCUUGCUGUGCAAGCACCACUAGUGGUGUGGGGGCUGUACAGGCAGCACACAACCCCCUGCUCCCCACCUCACAAACUGCAUGGAUAACAUGAAGCCUCCAUCCCGGCCGGGUGGGCAGCACCGGUAGUGUGCAGCCUUCUGGAAUGGGCCAGCAUGUGUCCUCCAAGCCCCUGCAGUAGCCUUUCCCACCGUGGAGGGAGGCACAGAGUAGAGAGCUUGGGGAAGCAGUGCACCAUUGGUGCUGCCUAUGUAGCAGUGGGAAAAGUAGUUGCAGAGGCCAAGGGGACACACGUGUUCUAUAAGAUGCCAAAUGGACAAUCCUAGGUUAAAAUAACACAAGUGAAUCUCUUCCCUUGAUAGUUUUUAAAUCACUCCUGUCUGUGCAAGUAUUUAUAAGCCCCUUUGAUGAAUCAUGUAGUUAUUUCUAUACAAUGACUGACUUAAGCAUAGUGCUGACACACAUAACAAUUGAACCAUUCCCAAAUGUCAUUGAUUGGGAGCAUUGUCCAAAGUUCUGUGGCUUUGACAUCAGGGGGUGGGAGUGAGCACCCACCCCAGCAUGCCUCCUAGUAGGCAAGAUGGCAGGAAUGCUUGCAGCCAUGUUUUGGAAGUCUGAGGAGGGGGACCUGUGGCUAGGUGCAUUAUCAAAUACUCUGCUUUUUCUUCUCUCUCAAACAAGAGUUCAGUAAAUAAGUCAACUGAAGCUUGCAGUGUACUUGCUUGACUUAAGGGAAAGGGGGUGCCUGGACCCACACUUUUUGGCUCCCAAUGUCUUGGGAGGCAUGAUGAAGGGCUGUGGAUGAAUAGGGAGUAAGGACACUGCUGGUUGUUAGAAAAGUAGCUUUUAUUGAACAAGCAGUGCCAGGAAGCAUAUCAACAAAAGCAGCCAACAAAAGGGAAAAAAAAAAGAAAAAAGAGGUAAUUACUGGGCAUGUCUAUACAAGAUGCUUUACUGCACAGUAAUCUACUAAGCAGUAAGGUGUCACCAUGUAACUGUGUGCAGCAGCUACUGCACAGUAAAUAGGCUAAUGUGCACUUUUCUGCAUUAACUGCAUUAGCUACUGCGCAGUACAGCUCAUGUUGGCAGCUGACUGGAAGCAAAUUGUUUCGGGGCAGCCCAGGCAGCAGGGGGUGAGAGAACUGUCCCCUCCCCAGCAGCUGUUUCCCAGCCCUGUGCUCCAAUCUGCUGAUCCAGGGCAUGAGGUUAGAAAACAGCUGCCCCAGAGGUGGGACAGCUUCCCCAGACCUCUAGAGCCCAAGCCUGACCCCAGGUCUGGUGCCCUGAGGGGCCUGAAGCUCUCCCUAGCUGCUGUAAGGGGACAGGGAAGAGCAGAAGCAGCCCUGCACUGAAUUGCUCUUAUCGGGAGUAAAUUUGCUCCUGACAGGCACAUAUGUCAAUAUACUCCCAGGGAAACCUUACAGAGCAUUACUAGCGCAUGUUGACAUGCCCACGGUGUACAAGAACAGCCAGAUGCAGCAGUUGGGGAAGGGGAGAGGAAGGAGGAGGAAUAAUGUAAUGUGAGAUGCACAGAGCAGUGGUUUUCAACCUUUUUUUGUACUAGGACCCAUUUGAAAAACAUUGAUGGCCAAUCCUGAUCCAGGGCCCCCUCACUCUCAACCCACUGCCCCCCACCCUCAGGCCCCAGCCCCAAAGCGUGUGGGGCAGGGGGUGGGUGGGUGGGGCAGGGAGAGCCCCAAGCAGCCCCUUAUAAGUUGAAACUCUGACAGCCUGCCAGGGAAAAGCCACAGUUUCCCACGUUUUUCUCCUUUAAAGGAAAACCCAUUUUUAAAGUUUGUUGAUCUAUUUUUAAAGUUUGUUCAUGACCCUUUCAUAUAUUCUUGCGACCCACUUUUGAGUCAUGAUGUACGGGUUGAGAAAUACUGGCAUACAGGAGUGACCAGACCUGUGUCAGAACAUUUGGUGUCCAAAACUGGUUUAGACUGAACCAGUUCAAAACAGUAUUUGAUUUUCUAGGUCCAUUUUUUUACAUUAUACAUUUUAAACCAUUCCUAGUACUUUUACACCAGUUUAAGAGGCUUAUGUGUUUGUCCACUUCAGAUUUAAACUACAUUUAACCUGUUCUAAGUGUUAUGUAUGUCUAUGCCAGUAGUUCUCAAUCUUUUUAGACUCAAGACACCCUCAAAAAAUGCUCUUAGCUUUCAUGUUUUUUGACUUCGCAACUUCUGUUGGAAAGAAUUCAGAAACAGAUCAGUAUUUUUAACAUUAUCUGAAUCUCUGUAGUUUCUUACAGGGUCUUACAGCUACAUACAAGAAUAUCAAAUGAUCUGUUUAUUGGCCCUUAGCAGUAACAGGCUGGAGCCGGCUGGUGUCACCCUAUUCCUGUCUUUUUUGAUCAGGAAUCAAGCGGCUGCAGCCGGGCUGCCUUGAGGCCCUACCUGCUGCCCCGCCCUCGGGGGGCUGUCCAGCUAGCCCCGCUCUUCCACGGCCCAUGUCCCCCGGCCCCCGCUGGGUGGCGGAAGUGGCGCCGCAGCUGAGUCGGCUCCCUACUGGCUCUGCCGCGGCCCCGGCCCCGGGGGCGGUGUUUGCCCGGAUCCUCGCCGGAGGUUUAGCCUGUGCCGCUUCCCCGGGAUCCCCAGGGCGCGGCUACUCGCAGCAAAGGCUCUCGAUCCGCCCCGCCCGAGCCUGCGGGCAGAACCACACAGUCCCAGAGCCGCAGUGACGCCCCGCCCCGCCCUCCCGGUGACGUAGGCCGCAGGGUGGAGCUGCUCGGGGCCUGCCAGUGCCAGGCCGGGCUUCAGUGCCGGAGUGGCCGAGGGGCCAGGGCCGGGCUAGCAGUGCUCCCGACAUGGGGCCGAAGGGGACGCUGCGGCGCCUCCUGCAGCUGGUACCCGGGAAGCGGCGCUUCGGCAUGUUCCGCUUCCUGCCGCUUUUCUUCCUGCUCGGCGGCGCCGUGGAGUGGACCAUGAUCCACGUGCGCGCCGGCCGCGAGACCUUCUAUGAUGUUUAUCGUAGAAAACAAUCGGAGAGACAGUAUAAACGCAGGAUGGAAGAAAGAUGAAUUUAGCAUGGAACCAUUUAAUCAGGAGCACCAUGGACUCUUGAAUCCUGUAAAUCACAGUCCAGAGAAAAGUCAAAACCGCAGCAAAGGCAUUCACAAGCCUUCCUUUCUGAAAGUUGAACUAUAAUUUGUUAUUAUGUCUAGUUUAGGAAACACAUUUUCUUUAAAGAUACUUUUAGAGUGUGUUCUUCCACUGUCCAAUUCACCUCCUCUGAGGCAGUCUUACUGGAGAGAUUAUGAAGUAUUCUUUGUAUUUAUGCCACUAAACCUGCUUAAUGUUUGUGCAAUUGAUUCUGUUAAAUAAACUAAAGUUAGCAGAUUGAAA